AUGUAUGUAUGUAUAUAUAUAUAUACAUGUUCAUUACAAAGUUACGAUUUAUAUCCCCCCUUUUCCCAUGUUCCCCGGGACGUCCGGCGAAGUUCACAGCUCGGGGUCUUCGGUCUUCGCUGCUUCGGUCAGGUGCUGUGCAAACAUCAUGGCACCGACACCAUCCCGGACCACCAGCAGCAGGCCGCCGUUUGGCUGGAGGAUCUCCUAGCGGCAAUCCAGGCAGAGAUGCCGGUGCUGUCCGAACGCCUCUUCCACGUGCUGCAAGCCGAGGCCAGCUAUACCCUGCAGUUCACCCAGUGGUUGGCCAACUUCAGCGCGGCAGACUUGAGGCGUCGCACUGGCAUCCGCCACGAUGAGCAGACGGUGAAUGCCUCCAUGCUACAGACCCAGAGCAUCACCGACAACAUCAUGACCGUAUGUGAUGUGAAAAACAUCCCUUUGAUCAACCCUUCGGACCCGGUGACUUUCGCGCCGCUUCCGGAAAGGACCCGGUCCCUGCCGGUGACCUUCGAGGCGGCCGUCCAGUGGCCCCACUGUGCCGAGAUCAUCGUGCGCAUCCACAACCAAGGUCAAUGUGGCAGUUGCUGGUCUUUUGGCGCCACCUCAGCCCUGGACUCCCGGCUCUGCAUCGCCACCAACGGUGUCUUCAGCGGUCCCGAGGCGCAGCUCUCGCGAGGCUUCGUGGCGUCCUGCGCGCCGCCCGGCGGCCGCGAUGGCUGCGGCGGAGGAUGGUCCGACUGGGUCUUUGAUUUGAUGGCCAACACAGGUGUUCCUACGGGAGGCUCCUUGGGCUGCCAUCCCUACUUUGCCCACGGGGACGGCACGGAGCAUUUCUCCGUGAGUGGAGUGGAUUUGACCAAGAAUCAUUUUUGUGACGAGAAGUUCCCUGGGAAUCGGCUGUUUGAAGGCCCUAUGGGCGAGGACAAAUUCAAGCUGGGUACUUCCAGUUACAUCGCCAUCGCCAGCUAUCAACACCCCUUCCCAGAGCGGGUGUACCACUUGGCUCGGGAAGCCUUGUUGAGUGGUGGAUUCUUGGCCAUGGACAUGGGAGAUCCAUUCGUGAGACCGAUUCCCGCAUAUCUCUAUGCGGAUUCGGGUUUCAUGGGCUACACCGGUGGGAUCUAUACCCAUGGAUGCAACAACUAUGCCAACCAUGCCAUUACGGUGGUGGGCUAUGGUCCCGACUAUUGGAAGUGUUUGAACUCCUGGGGUGACUGGUGGGGAGAUGGAGGCACAUUCAAGGUGGGUCUGUGCGUCUUGACGGAUUUCCAGAUUCCCAGUAACAGCUUGGCGGGUGACAGUCCAAACUACAGCUUCCCCCUGGUCGGCGACAGCCUCACCCCAGCACCCGGCUCGAACCCGUCGGCGGAGUACAGCACUGUGGCAGAGGCUUACAGCUACGCCAAUCCACGGACCAAGGACAAGAAAGGCUGCAUUACCAGCCCCAACUACGAUCCCAUUUCGGCUGCUGUCUACCCGGCACAUUCCGAGUGCGCCUUUGAUGUGAAGCAUCCCUCUGCCAUGGAAGUGGAGGAUUUCAACGUGGAAAAUUUCUACGACUUUCUGAUUGUCAAUAAUGAGGCCUUCAGUGGAAGCCUAACCCCACAUGGAAAGGUACCCGCGACUGCCUCCAAGAUUCAGUGGGUCGCCGACUAUAGCGUUGAAAUGACAGGUUUCAAGAUUUGCCCCAGGUCUGAACAGUUCGUUUUGGAGAAGUGGCGCCCGGCAUUUUUGGUCACUGGUUCUUUGCGGAAUUCUGCAAUCGUCAAAUACCCAUGCAUCAGUCAUUUUUUUGGACAGUUAGGCGAAGAUUCCACGCGUUUUGUCACAGCCUCUUGGGAUGCCACGAUGCACGUCUUUGAUUUGACGCGAAAGGAGCUGGAUAAGACACUCCGGAAGCAGAACGCUCAAAGACAGGAUCAGAUGGGCGGCCUCUACUCCGUGGCCUUCGCCAAAACGGCUCCAGAGGUGCUAGGCUGUACCUCCGUGGACAAGUUGGGUCAGCUCAGUGUGCUCAAUCCGUGUCCGCGCUUGCGUGCUACGGAUGUUUUUUGUUUGAAUCCCACUGGAAUGAUAGAGUUGUUGAGAGACAAUUCAUAG